AUGUUGUGUCCCUUGAUCCGACUGCUGUCAAGCUCCUUUUAUAGCUCCAGAAUCAGCUACGAUCCACCUCCGCGUAUCUCGCCACGUGCAGCUAACGAUCCCGUGCCGACCUGGUCCUUGAUCGAGCUGGAGCUCGUCUUUACGUCGACCGGAAUAGCUCGGAUGGCAGUUAACUGGCUUACGAGGGAGUCGCUUGGUGGGCUCGAGGUCUUCUUGCUGGGCUUGAGUGGGCCUGGACUUCAAUCUUGGAUCAAGGUAAUGGGCCCUUACGGGCUAGAUUCCAGGUGUGGAAUCUGGGUCCAACAAUUGCCCCCCAGCCCUUUUAAGUGA